UGUCGUUUCCGUUCCUAACACCUAGGUAGUAUUUUUGUAGGUAACCACUGCAUAUUAAAACCAUUUGGAUAACAGGUGGGCAGUGCUCUCCGCACUUUAAUGACUAGUUACCUGUUUCCUUGUCGCUUUCUUCCCUCCGAUUCACUCUGUUUCUUAAAUUAUUGUUAUUGUUAUUGUUAACUUAUCCCCCACGAUACUUUCACCUCUCCUCCUCAGAACUAAGUCACCUGCUAGAUUUAACGCAAGCGCCACUUUUGAAAGAAAUGGAAGCCUGGCUUUUAUUUUUUGGGGUGAUUUAAUUAGUAAGAGAAGGAGGGACAAAAUAUCUUUCCCCACUAACAGUAGUUCGACAUGGACAGGCACACAACAAAUUUCACCCACGGUUGGGUCACCUGAAAUGGAUGUUUGGUAGUGCAGUUUCGAGAAUAUUGUUGGGCUUUUCCCGUUCUGCGACUCUUCAUAAACACCACUGGGAAGAGACUUCAUGAUCUCAAUAUGUGAUUGAAAAAAUACCCAUUUCUUUUCCGAGAAAGUACAAUGCUUUCUUCAUUGCCAGGAUUCAAGUGCUCAUUUUCUGCUUUAGUAUGGGGCAUGGUAGCAUGGAUAGUUAUUAUUCAUAUUCACACAGCCCUAAAUCCAAAAUCUGAAAACCAAGUGCUUCAAACACAAGUCAGUCGUCUUCCAUUGCAUAGGGAGAUUGAAGAGAUUGAGGAAAAGGGGUAUGGAUUUAAGCCAAGGAGCAAAAAUAUUCCUUCCAGCUCUGGAAAGCGCAAGGGAAAAAAAGUCUCUCCUGUACAUGAUGCUUUUAACAUUGCUAGAGGAUCUUUCCUCUUUCCAGACAGAAGUCUUGCCGUGAAUCCUCUUUCAAGUGAUGGAAAUGACACUGGAUAUUUUUAUCCAGGCAGGGAAUGGUGGGAUACUGAUGGUAAGCCCAUUCAUGCACAUGGUGGUGGCAUUCUAUAUGUUGAAGAAACUGGGACCUUUUAUUGGUAUGGAGAAAACAAAGAUGGCCAAACCUAUCGUGCUUACAAGAGGGGUGCUGCACGGGUUGAUCUAAUAGGUGUCAAUUGCUACUCAUCCAAGGACUUGUGGACAUGGAAGAAUGAGGGGAUUGUUUUACCAUCUGUAAAGUACAAUACAACACACGACCUUCAUGAAAGCAAUGUGCUUGAAAGGCCUAAGGUGAUCUAUAAUAAUCACACUAAAACCUACGUAAUGUUGAUGCACAUUGACAAUGCCAAUUACACGAAAGCUUCUGUUGGUGUGGCAGUUAGUAGCACUCCUACUGGGCCAUUCCAGUAUCUUGGCAGCAAACGACCACAUGGUUUUGAUAGCCGAGAUAUGACAGUUUUCAAAGAUGAUGAUGGUAAAGCUUAUGUAAUUUACUCUUCAGCUGACAAUAGUGAGUUGCAUAUAGGAAUCCUGACUGAAGACUACACAGAUAUUGGAAGAAUCAUGCGAAGGGCUUUGGUGGGUCAGCACAGAGAAGCUCCUGCUGUCUUUAAACACGAGGGGUUAUAUUAUAUGGUUACUUCUGGAUGCACAGGUUGGGCGCCAAAUGAAGCUUUAGCACAUGCUGCAGAGUCCAUGCUAGGACCCUGGGAAACUCUGGGAAAGCCUUGCGUGGGUGGCAAUGCAGAUUUACGGGCAACAACAUUUUUUGCUCAGGGGACAUUUGUUCUCCCGCUACCAGGGCUUCCUGAUACAUUUAUAUUUAUGGCAGACCGUUGGAAUCCAACUGAUCUGAGGAAUUCUCGCAAUGUUUGGUUGCCUCUUAUUGUGGAUGGACUCCCAGAUGAACCCCUAGAAUAUGAAUUUGGGUUUCCAGUUUGGUCAAGAGUGUCUAUUUAUUGGCAUAAAAGAUGGAAGCUUCCAGAAGAAUGGAAUUUGCCACGUCCAAAUAAAGUUGGUUAAUGAUGGAGCAAUUGAUGUAACUUGUAACUAUUUUUGUUUACUGUCGUUUUGGUUGAAUAGAAAUUUCAUUACGUUGAUUCCGAUUA